AUGCUCGAUGAGCUGGAUAUCUGUGUAGGCUACCUCGACUUCAACAUGGAGAAACUAUUAGAUAUCGCCGCUACCCGUCACAUUAGUGAAAGGUUCAAGUUGGACCAGACCUAUGUACGAAGCGCAGGAUUAUCUACGAAGGAACAACUCGCUUCGAUUGCAUCUGCCAACUACCUCUUCGAAUCCAUAUUCCAUACAGACUCGUCAAAUAUACUAAAGAAUUCAUUCGAUGUCAAAAUCUCGCCGGAGUUGACUAUACCCGAGGGUAUCCACAAAAGCCCCAAAACCGGAGUUCAGUAUACGUUCCACGGAGUAGCCGAUUUUGUCACUUUCUUAGUCCAACAAACAGAAGACCUCGACGCCAGGGAUAUCAAAGACCUGCUCUCCGUGGAAGCUAUUUCUGGAGGGAACUUGGUGGUCGUCGAAAUAAAGAGCUCACAAACUGCUUUCCACGCACCUCAUCUGGCCAAGGCUAUGGCACAGGCGGUGACGGCAAGUCAACACACUAGAGAACAGCAACGAUUCAUCAUGACCGACUCUGAACACUGGAAGUUUUGCCUCUACCAACCUGAGACCAGGACAUGCUACCUAUCGCCAAUACUCAAGGCCGAGACUCAUGGAGCUGCGGCUAUUCUGACGGUGCUUGAGGAAUGGGUGUGGUACUCAAACGACACGAACUCGAGGAAGGAGCUGUGGAAGCUCAGACUCAAUCGAAGGCAGAAGGUAUAG